AUGAUAUCAUGCCUGGAAUUGUAUCGCAUCAGUGCCCAGAUAUCCAAGGCAUUGGGCAUCAGUGAUCGAGCAUUCAGAGGAUUGAAUGUCAUUCUUGCAGGAGACUUUGCCCAACUUCCUCCUGCUGGAAGACAUGCUGCUUCUCUCUACUCUAACAGCAUCAGACUGUGGUCGAACGCUACCUCGCUGGUUGCUCAGCAAAGUGCCAUUGGAAAGGCGCUAUGGCAUCAAUUCAUCACAGUCAUAAUUCUACAAAAAAAUAUGCAUCAACAGGGCAUGACCAAUGAGGACGUGCACUUUCGUACAGUGCUACAAAAUAUGCGAUGUCAGUCUUGCACUCCAGAAGAUAUUACUCUGCUCUGUUCCCAAGUUAUUACAACUGCUUCGCACCCUCUCAGUGAUUGCUUUGCAGAUUGUCGCUUUCAAGACGUCACUACGAUCACUGCAUUUAAUAUGCAUCGUGAUGCUAUUAACGAAGUAUGUACCAAACACUUUGCAGCUAAUCACCACGUGAAUCUUACGCACUUUCACUCUAUCGACACCUGGUCAUCUUCCCAUGAACUGGAUUCUGUACGCAGCACUCAGUGUACUCAGGACUCCACCUGGAAUCCUCAGCGAUCUUCGGAUAACAUCGUUACUGGGAUACAAAACAUUCUGUGGUCUCUACCUCCUGCUCUCAGUGGCCACUGCGCUGGAAUUUUAUCAUUAUGCCCAGAAAUGCCUGUUAUGCUAAAGAAUAAGGAGGCAACAGAGUUGUGUGCAACCAACAGCACCAAGGAGUAUGUGUAUGGAUGGGACUCUCAUAACAAUGAGUUUGGCCAUGAGAUAUUGGAUACUCUCUUUGUACGGUUGAAAUCGCCUCCGCUGCCUAUGCAAAUUGAAGGUCUGCCACCAAACGUCAUUGCUAUACCUCGGUCAAAGACGCACGUUAAAUGUGUCCUACAGAAUGACACUGUGGUGAACAUCGAUCGGGAGCAGGCGAAUGUUCUUCCUGACUUCGCAAUGACUGACUUUGGUGCACAAGGGUGCACUCGUCCAUUCAACGUUGCACACUUGAAACACUGCAAAGGCCAUCAAUCGAUGUAUACCUGCCUCUCCUGCAGUUCAUCCCUUUUUGGUACGUUAAUUCUUGAUGGAUUUGAUGCUUUCAAACUGACAGGCAGUAUGAGCGGUGAUCUAUGCUGUGAGUUUCAUGAGCUGGAGAUAUUGGAUGACAUUCACCACCUCAGGUUUAGCAGUGAGCUCCCAUCCACGAUUCAUGGUUGCACUCGAGUGUCGUUGAUCACAACUUGCCAAUCUGUAUUUGGAGCUCAGCAUGUUCCACCAAACAUGAAAUCAAUACUCGAUUGGGGACACAGUCCAGCAACGUCCCUGUUACCACCUGCUGAGCCAUCUCUGUGGCAACUACUUGAGAAACAUCGCAGAGGCCAUGUCCCGUCCACCAUCAUCUUCUCUGCCCAAUCUGAAACUGCAGCUUCUGCUUCUGAUACCCUGUUAGCCCGUGGUGUAAAAUGA